GUACGUGUAGCUAGAUAGCUAGUGCAGCUCGCACAGGCCUUAUCCAAGAGAAGAGACCAAUCGAACCGAUGGAGCGCCUGCCGGCGGAACUCGUCUCGGCGGCGUUCGCCGGCACCACGCCACGUGACGCCGGUCGUGCCGCCAUGGUCUCCACAGCAUUCCGCGCUGCAGCCGACUCCGACAUCGUUUGGGCCCGCUUCCUGCCGCCCCUCGAGCCGCUGGCCCCCGAGCCGCAGUCAAAAAAGGACAUGUUCUUACGCCUCUUGGACGGCCCCGUCCUCCUCCGAGACAGGCUCAUGACUAUGUGGCUGGACAGGGAGACCUUCGCCAAAUGCUACAUGCUGUCGGCGAGGAAUCUGUUCAUCGCGUCGGGCCACAUGCCGCAGCACUGGAGCUGGAUCCCUCUCUCCGACUCCAUGUUCUCUGAAGGGGCUCAACUAAACAGUGUGACAUGGCUGGAAAUCCGUGGAGGCAUACACACCGACAUGCUCACCCCAGACUCCAAGUACGGGGCUUACCUCGUGUUUAAGAGGACCCAAAAUUUCAGUGGGUUCAAUUAUCCAAUCCAGAAGGCCACGCUCUACUUUGGACAAAUAAUGGAAUAUACCAGUCCGGUUCUCCUUGGUGAGAAUUGGACGCCGCCGCCAGAACUGGGUGUAGCUCAGCCUCAGCGCAGAGCCGACGGUUGGAUGGAGAUAUCGCUGGGUCACUUCCACACGAGCGGGAAUGAAUUAUAUGCUGAGAUGUCCUUCAGCCUGAUGGAGACGGAAGGAGAAGUGACACAGAAGCGUGGUCUGAUCGUGCAUGGCAUUGAGAUCAGACGUGAGAAAUCAGGAUGAACGCGUGCUGCUUCAGACUUACGCAUCUACUUCUAUUUACCUUACUUCCAAAAGCAAGGGCAUCGCUAUUAGAACUCGAUACCGUAAUGUAAAUUUCAACUUGAGUGGCAUUGAAACAUUGUGUAUUUUUUAAUUCGUAUAUUUUUGGGAAAAAAAAUCAUGUU